AUCUCCCCCACACCCAAACACCCGCCUGAGCUUUUUCUCAUUUUGAAGAACGCACCUUCAACCCCAUCUCCCCCCUGUCACAGAACCUCUCCUUCUUCUUCUUCACCGUCUGUGAACAGUUUUCUGGGUGAAAUUCCAAUCCACAGCCCCGGGUUCCUGAGUUAGAAGCCUCGGACCCAGAAGACCAGACGAGAAUCGGACCAAAAUUUCCCCAACAAACGCCUCCACGCCCUCCGACCCGCAGGGAGCACCCGACUUAUAAAAACAUCACCCGCAAGCCCCUUCACCUCCUCUCCAGCCUUUUCAAGCCACCCCGAGACUCACACAUACUCCCUCACCAUGGCCUCCUCAACAGCCAUCCCCCGCCGCGACGGCCUCCGCCGCACCGCCGCCGCCGCCGCAGCAGCAGCCGACUCCUCCCCCUCCACCGCGGACGUGUCUCCCACCGACAGCCCGCGCGCCUCCCCCUCCUCCUCCUCCCUCUCCUCCAUGUCGUCCGUCGACAACGAUGUCGCCGCCAAGUCCUCAACAAAGCUGAUCGACACCUACGGCAACGAGUUCCAGCUCCCCAACUACGCGAUGGGCGAUAUCAUCCGCGCGAUUCCCAAGGAGUGCUUUAAGCGCAAUACCGCCCUGGGAUUAUACUACGUCGCCCGCGACAUCGCCUGUCUCGCCACGACAUUCUACCUCUUCCACACUUUUGUGACGCCUGACAACGUCCCAUUUACCCCUGCCCGUGCUGCGCUCUGGGCGGUCUACACUGCGAUCCAAGGUCUCUUCGGGACGGGACUGUGGGUGCUGGCCCACGAAUGCGGACACCAGGCUUUCUCGCCUUCGAAGGUCGUUAAUGAUACCGUAGGGUGGUUCUGCCACUCUGCACUCCUGGUCCCCUAUUUCUCCUGGAAGAUCUCGCACGGGAAGCACCACAAGGCUACCGGGAACAUGGAGAAGGACAUGGUGUUCGUCCCCAAGUCGCGUGAGGUGUACGCGAACCGCAUUGCGAAGUUUGUGCAUGAGCUUGAUGAGUUGACUGAGGAGACUCCCAUCGCCACUCUGUUGCACUUGGUUGGGCAGCAGUUGGCGGGGUGGUGGUUGUACCUCUUUGCUAACGUUACUGGACACGAUCACCACGAGAACCAGAAGGAGGGACGCGGGAAGGGGAAGAAGAAUGGGUAUACGACUGGAGUCAACCAUUUCAACCCCGCUAGCCCGCUCUACGAGGCUAAGGACGCGAAACUCAUUGCCCUGAGCGAUAUUGGUGUUGGACUCACCAUCGCUGCUCUUGCCUGGGUGUCGAAGACGUUUGGAGCGGCGAAUAUGUUUGUUUGGUACUUCAUCCCGUAUCUCUGGGUUAACCACUGGCUUGUUGCCAUCACCUACCUCCAACACACCGACCCCUCCCUCCCCCACUACCAACCCAGCUCCUGGAACUACGUCCGCGGCGCCGCCGCCACCAUCGACCGCGACUUCGGCUUCAUCGGGCGCCACCUCUUCCACGGCAUCAUCGAGACCCACGUCCUGCACCACUACGUCUGCACCAUCCCCUUCUACAACGCCGACCUGGCCUCUGAAGCCAUCAAGCCUGUUAUGGGCCGACACUACCGCGCGGAUGUGGAGGGUGGGAGCUUGGGGUUCUUGAAGAGCAUUUGGAAGAGCGCGAGGUGGUGUCAGUGGGUUGAGCCGAAUCAGGAGACGCUUGGGAAGGGGGGGGAGGCGGAGGGGGUGCUGUUUUUUAGGAAUAGGAAUGGGUUGGGGGUGCCGCCGGCGAAGGUUGCUAAGGCUUAAGGUUGCUAAGGCGAAUUGGGGGUGGUGAGGGGAGGUUGAAUAAUGUGUGUGCGAGGUGGAGAAUGAAGGCGAAGAGAAGAAAGGAAGAGGGAGGAGGGGACGCACGCAGUGAUGAUGAAGACGGGAUCUGAGCUUUUUAUAUGGGGCUUAUUUUCGCAGUUUUUUUUUUGUUAUACAGACAAGACGGCUGAUGAUGAAAAGAAAGAUUUCGGGAGUUUAUGGGAGCAUAUCGCUUAAUUACAGAAACUGCUAAAGAAUCUUUCUGAUUUUUCGACUGGUAUUUUUUUGCCUUCUUCUAAAUCGUUUUUUUGCUUGUUUGUCCCUGAGAUUUGGAUUGUUUCUUUUGGUCUUCUGCUUGUCAGUUUCUUUUCUGUGCAAACUUUUUUUGGACAGCGAGAGAAACACAAGAUGUCUGAUUUCUGUUUAAUGCUCCUUUCUGCGAAUGAGCGGUGCAAACGAGGGGUGGAUGAGGAGAUAGGAGAGAUAGAGGGCUAAAGUUGAAUAGGGGGAGGGGAACAGAUCAGGACUUUCGCUCCGCUCCGUGCCGUGCCGUGCCGAAAGGGGCCGGGCAGGGCUGUGUGGUGUCUUGGGGAGACCGGGAAGAGGGAAGAGGUGGAUAUAUGAUAGAUGAUAGAACGAGAAAUUGAUCUUUAUUUCCAUCAGUUGUGAAUUUGGCCACCCUACAUGUGGCGAGAGUGCAUUUUUGCAUAUGAAUGAAUGAG